AUGAUCAUGAGCGAUGGUUUGCUACGGGUGUUUUGGCCAUAUGAUCUCCCGCGCUCGCCGGUGCCAGGGGUGAUUGUUGGAUGGCGGAACUCGGAGCUGGAUUUGUUUGUACUUACAGUGCUGGAGGAUGUGGAGCCUCGGAACGUCGACAAUGCGCUGCGAGCCGGGAUCCUCUUUCGCAAUAGCCCCCAUCCUAUCGUACAGAUUUUCAACCUUUGUGGAAGAUCGAUGAUGCAUGUUCUCGGAACAACGAAUCCAAAAAAUCCUCCUACGACAUUUAAACCCUCAGACCUAUACGUUACAACCCUGCCGUCAUGUAGGGUGCCCCAGAUUUAUUGUCCGCCAGAGGCGAACCUCUCGGUCCAGGUCAUCAUGUUCCAUCGCCCGCAUCCGACCCGAAUGGAGUACAUGUCGCUGAACCCAAUCUCUCUCGCGUUGGGCGACAAGACAUCGACUGCGGAGGGAUCCGGUGCGAUGACCACAGGCGACACAGAGGAAGCACACGAAAAGGUUCGAUCAGGGAAGUUAGUUGAGAAACUCAAAUUUCACACAGUGGUCAAGCAUUUUCCGUCGCAGAAAGAACAGGCGCUUCCUCUCAUUAUCAACCAGGCCAAUUGCGCAUACGAGAUGGGAAAACUCAUGGAAAAAAAUAGUCACCUGAUCGGGAUCCGCGCGAAGAGAAGCAUGAGCGUCGGAGAGCGCGUUGUGGAAUCUGCUACUACCCUGUGGGAUCUCUUUGUUCUCGGUGUCUCGUAUGUAUUCUGGCAGUGGUUUUGGCCCGUUAUCACUCGGCUCUUCGUUAUUGGUCUUGUGUUCCAUCGCGGGGUCGCGGAGGUGGUCCUGCAGGUUCUUGAAUGGCGCGCUCGCCCUGAUGCUGCUGCUGUGAAAGACAUAUCAGCGACGGCCCAGCAGGUGGAUAUCCGGCUCCAGCAGUUUUGCUACUGGCCCAUACAGUACGUCAAACUGCGUCAAAGGAAGGACAACUGGGAGAGCGUUACGACAAGCCAUCCAGAUUACAUCCGGUUCUACAACAGUCUUUGGCUGGUUGCUAAUGAUGUGAUUAUUGGGAUUGCUUUGGGAUCGUACAUCAUCGACAAUGCAAAUUGGGUGGCUUUCCAAAUCAAUAACGUUCUCAGUGGCUGGACCGUCGAAGGAUUGCAAGGAACAAUCUCGUGGCUGAUGGAUUGGCCGGCUGGAUUGAAACUCAACAAUGAACUGGCUGCUUUCUUGGGUGACCUUUUCCUGUGGGUCAUAGAGAAUUGGGCAGCAUGUAUUGCAAAUCUACAACCCUAUCUUCCUCGCGUCAUCUACGUUGUGGGCUGCUCAAGCUUCGCCGGAGCAAGCAUGCCCAUAGCGCUCUUCUCUGAUCUUGUCUCCAUCCUUACCGUCCAUAUCUACUCCUUCUACAUCGCCUCUGCCCGUAUUUUCAACUGGCAGCUUACGAUUAUAAUAUCCCUCUUCCAUCUUUUUCGCGGCAAAAAGCGAAACGUGCUACGCAACCGUAUAGACUCAUGCGAUUAUGACCUCGAUCAACUUCUUCUUGGAACGAUCCUGUUCACCGUCCUCUUCUUCCUUCUGCCCACUGUCGUUGUCUUUUACCUGACCUUUGCAUCCGCGCGGAUGUUGAUCAUUUCGUUGAAAGCAGCGUUGGACACUUGUCUGGCGUUCUUGAAUCAUUUCCCGCUUUUUGCGUUAAUGUUGCGGGUUAAGGAUUCGAGGCGAUUGCCAGGUGGUAUUCGGUUUGAGCUUCGCGAGGAGCAUGACAAGUCGAACAAUAAUACCCCCACUACUAUGUCCUACAUCCAUCUCGAGUCUAUCCCGCUCCCCCUCCGCGCGAUGUUCGACCAAUACUUCCAAUUAGGCCAUCGUCUUCGAAAGCAUUAUCUCUCUCCACGCGUAAUCUUUUGUCUUGUAACCGGCCGUUUCGUACCGCCGAUUCACCGCCGCAACCUGUACAGCAUGCAAUAUAGCAUGUUACCAGCACGUCGAGCCGGAAUGGCAGAGGUGUGGGCCAUGUUAACCCAGCCCAAGAAGGGCGGCAGUGGAGGUAGUGGUUCGUCGUCAGGCGGUGGGAUAAGUACAGGAGGAAAUGGAUUACUCAAGGUCCCGGCGGGAUUUGGACAGGGGGAUACUAGGAGACGCGGACAUCGAUGA